UACCAACCAUUAGGCCAAAGAAUUUUGCAUUGGAUGAAACACAAUCAUUUACACAUGAAACAGCUACAUUUGUUUGGGAUGCAGUUCCAUCUAAUUCUACUGAGUUGAAAGGAAAGUUUGAUGGAUAUGUAAUUCGUUAUUGGAAGAAAACAAGUCCGGGAAUUCUAAAGAGAAUAGAAAUACCUGCUAGAGUUUUGAGUGUUGUUAAUACCAGUAUGAUUGAAACCCAAAGGAUAAGGGAAACAAUACAUAAUCUUCCAGCUUUCUCAGAACUUCAACUUGAUGUAUUGGUGAAGAAUACCGAGUUUGAAUCAAAGCCAAGUGAUUUAAUUGAUCUUGUCACACCAGAAGGAGUACCUUCAGAAGUUGAAAAACUUAGAGCAGAAAAAAGAGGAGAAAACUUCCUGGAACUAGGUUGGUUUAUGCCCAAAAGAGUAAAUGGAAAUCUGAAGGAGUUUAAAAUUAUGUGUCAAAAAGUUACCGGUGGGAUGAUUGAAAAGGAUGUUGAAGAAAUCCUAAAUAUGGACUCAAAUGUUGUGGCAAUGGAAAUGAUUAAACACAGGAUUGAAGGAUUGGAACCAAACACACUUUACAGAGUAGUUGUUUUUGCCACAACAAGAGUUGGAGCUGGAAGGAAAACUUUCCUAGAUGUAAUGACAGCAGACAGAGCACCCCUCAGUCGUCCAAUUGUGUAUGUAGAUCAACUUCCAGAGAAAAACGGUUUUAACAUAUCAUGGAGUUCUGUCAGUCCAGUCAACACUGUGAAUAUGAAAAUAUCAGGAGGAGCCUACAAUGUGGUCAAAAAAAGCAAUAGUUCCCAGAACUGGGUGCUUGUGACAGAAGGUUUAGAAGUAGGAAGAACUUACAUAAUCACAGUUACAGCAGAGGAUAACUCAAGAAAAGCUACCAGUGAAGAAAUUAAAGUCAUUUUUUCAAGCAUCACACGUAACCGUAGAGAUGAUGCAAUAUUCCAGGCCACUUGGUUUAUAAUUGUAAUGGUGGCCAUAGCCAUUUUGAUUUUAGUAAUCAUCAUUGUGUGUUUACUAUUAAAAAGAAACAGAGGAGACAAAUAUAAUGUACAAGAGAGAGAAAAUUUACAUGGUAUCAAAAAUGAAGAAAUGAAGAAACCUGUAGCAAAGGGAGGCUUUGAUGAAAACUCAGAAAAGCAGCCGUUGGCAGAAAACUCAUUUGAUGACAUGGACAAAAGAGCAAUGGGAAGUGAUAAAGACAGCUUGGAGGAAUAUGGUGAUGUUGAUCCCUCCAAAUUUAAUGAAGAUGGUUCCUUUAUUGGUCAAUAUGGAAAUCAGCAAGCUACAACACCAUCUGAAGCUGCAGUCACUUCUGCUAUGCAUAAUUUGAUAUAAAAAUUUAUAACUCUAUGCUGCACACUUAGAGUUAAGUACAAACAUUCAUAUUCCCAAUAAAUUAUUUGUAUAUUCAUCAGAAAAAUGUAAAUGUUUAUAAUAAAGUGUGUUGUAAUUUAAGCAAACUCAUUGCAAAAACCAUGUGUGUCAGGGUUAUUUCCACCUGCAUAAUGUAUUAUUUGUGGUGAAUAAAAUAUUUACAUGAAAUCUUAAGUCUGUGUCAGUAAUACAAACACGCAUUUGUAUGUCAAUGCGAGGAUUCAAUCCUUGUUUUGGUCUUCUUCUUUUUUUCUUUGAUUGUUGGUAUAAUUAUGUUUUUAAAUAAAUAUUGAUUGAUUGAUA